AUGUUGGAAGCACCCACGAUAUUUUUCAAACUUGGCGGGAUAAAUGAUGUUGUUGUCAAUGAAAAUGUCAAGAUACUAAAGUCCAUUACCGAGGCUAAUGAAGCUGCCAACUUCAAAUUUGCUAGAAACAAAGAAGAACAGGAAGAGUUAUUCUCGGCAAGGAAAAAUGCAUUUUAUGCCAUGAUCAAUUGGGGUCGUAACGAAAUUGAUGAAGAUGUUAGGAUAUGGGUUACAGAUAUUGCAGUUCCAUUGUCGCGUUUAUCUCAUGUACUAGAUAAAAUCAAUGGCUGGAUUAAGAAUUCACCAUUUGAAUCAAUUAUUUUAGCUCAUGCAGGUGAUGGAAAUUUCCACGCAGAUAUUUUCUACCGAAAAGAACAAAGAUCUGAAGUCGAAGCAAUUGUUAAUAAGAUGAUUCAAUUGGGAAUCGAUAAUGAUGGAACUGCCACGGGCGAACAUGGAAUUGGGAAUGCUAAGCGAAGAUUUCUCCAGUUGGAAUUGGGCGAGGAUACAAUUGAUAUGAUGAGAAAGAUUAAGUUGUCGUUGGAUCCAAACCGGAUCAUGAAUCCGGAUAAAAUUUUCAAAAUCGAUCCCACUGAUAACGUUUCGGGAUUUACAUGUACAGCAUUGGCAUCAUAUGCAGCUUACAAGUAUGGCCAGCAUGAAGUGUUGACUCACCCACCAUUAAAUUUGUUUCCCAAGUCGUCGACCACAAAAUUGAAAUCACUUGAUCCUCCAAAAUAUUGUAACGAUAUUUCAUCAGUUAUUCCUCAAAUUGCCAGUCUUGGUAUCCUAGUGGUUAGCAGUAAACCAGAAAUUGAUCAUCAUACCAGUAAUGACUUCACCACCCAUAAACCAUUGGAGGGCGAGGUGCCACAGUACAUCAUUUAUCCCAAAUCGACAGAGGAAGUGUCACAAGUGCUAAAAAUAUGCAAUAGAGAGCGUAUACCGGUGGUUCCAUUUUCGGGAGGUAGCAGUAUUGAAGGUAACUUUCACUCCACUCGUAAGGGUGUUGUGGUUAACACGUCGCGAAUGAAUCAAGUGUUAGCAGUCAACGAUAACGAUUUAGAUGUGGUCGUUCAAUGUGGG